CGCUGCUGUUGCCCAAGCCGCGACUAGAAGUUGACGCCACGCGGUCAAUCAACGCCAAACAAGAGCACUCUUCGCGACCAGAGGCGAUUCUUCCUCCCUUCCAUUCCUCGCCGACCCUCGAGAUGACGGACUCAUACGCUUCCACUGGCAAUGGCGACGGCCUCACCCCCAACGGCUCGAGCAGGAUGAACGGUUCCAGCCCAUCCCUUCCGGCGGGUUCUAACGAAGUCGGCGCCGCCGCCAUCAUCCGCAAAAAGCUAAUGGGCUUUGUGGGCUUCGCCAACUUGCCGAACCAGGUUCACAGGAAGAGCGUGCGGAAGGGGUUCCAGUUCACUGCCAUGGUCGUCGGGGAGUCCGGCUUGGGGAAGUCGACGCUCAUCAACACCUUGUUCAACACGACACUGUACCCCCCGAAGGAGACGCUCCCCCCCAGCGCCGAGAGACCCUCGACCGUCGCCAUCGAGAGUAUAAGCGCUGACAUUGAGGAGACCGGCGUCCGCCUUCGUCUCACGGUUGUCGACACGCCUGGAUUCGGUGACUUUGUUAACAACGAUGAGUGGUAUCGUAUCACCGACGCGCAGUGUUCGGAUCACGCCCGAUUCGACUCCUACUUGGAGCAGGAGAACCGGGUGAACCGUCAAAAAAUUGUGGACAACCGCAUCCAUGCUUGUUUAUAUUUCAUUCAGCCUACCGGUCACGCGUUGAAGCCUAUUGACGUCGAGGUCAUGCGUCAGCUUCACACGAAGGUCAACCUGAUUCCGAUUAUCGCGAAGGCGGACACUCUUACGGACGAAGAGGUGGCUGAGUUCAAGGCCAGGAUUCUGGCCGACAUCGCCCACCACAACAUCCACAUUUUCCAAGCCCCCACUUACGAAAACGAGGACGAUGAGGCAAUUGCUGAAGCAGAGGAAAUUGCUAGCAAGAUCCCCUUCGCCGUCGUGGGCUCGGAUAAGGAGGUGACCACUCCUGACGGUCGCAAGGUGCGCGGUCGUGCGUAUCCCUGGGGUGUUGUCGAGGUGGACAACGAGGACCACUGCGACUUUGUGAAACUGCGGCAAAUGUUGGUUCGGACGUACAUGGAGGAGCUCAGGGAGUACACCAACGACGUUCUGUACGAGAACUGGCGGACAGAGAAGCUCCUCACCAUGGGCGUCAUCCAGGACUCCAGUGUGUUCAAGGAGAUCAACCCGGCCAUCAGGAUACAAGAGGAGCGUAUUAUGCACGAGGCUAAGCUUGCGAAGAUGGAGGCCGAGAUGAAGAUGGUCUUCCAGCAGAAGGUGCAAGAAAAGGAGGCCAAGCUCAAGCAGUCAGAGGAGGAGUUGUACGCCCGGCAUCGGGAAAUGAAGGAGGCCUUGGAGAAGCAACGAUUGGAUCUCGAAGACAAGAAGAGGAGAAUCGAGAACGGUCGUCCGUUGACUCCGGAGGGGAAGACAUCAACUGGCAAGAAGAACCGUUUCCUGGGUCGCCCGUGAUCGUCUCUGUAUUCUGUCUGCCCUCCCUGGAUACCUCCCGCGCGUUUGCCACUGGCGCCCUUGAUUUAUUUCAAGCUCAUCCUCAUCGGUCUCGUCUGCUUCGACCUACGCGUCGCUUCCUAUCGUACAUUUUCGCUACAAUGACACCUCUAAUGUUCGUAGCGCGUCCUAACCGCUUAGUCGCUCCUUACUCGGAUACCAGGUUUUGAAUCAUGCACAUGUCCGGUCGUUUCUCUCCGUAGUGACGAGAUGUUCCCAAUAUGCGAGGCUAUUCUAUUGGGCUGUAGUGCGGUGGUUCUGUUCUUUGCAAUACCCGUAUACCACUGCGUCUGGAAUCCCGGG